AUUCGCUGACUUCUAAAGAGACAACUUUGAAAGGGAGGAACUGCGAUAUCCAUUGUUGAAAAACCUUCCUAUUGGAGAUGGCUUUCGUUGUAAUGUCUUGAUCGCAUUAACGUACGCUCGUGUCAACAUGCCUCGAAGUAGUUCCCUGCUCUACUACGUCCUUUAUCUUAGCAUAGGAAUUAUAUAUCCCGCAUAUUGCUCGUUCUUGGCAAUUACAACACCUAAUCAAAAUGAUGAUACUGUCUGGUUAAUUUAUUGGAUUGUAUUUGCUGUUUUCAAUGUCUUAGAAAUCAUUACAGAUUUUCUGUUUUUUUGGAUUCCAUUGUAUCCAGUGUGUAAGCUCUUGUUCCUGGGUUGGUGUUCUGCUCCUAUUGGAAAAAAUGGAGCUUACUACUUGUACAAACUAUUUUUAGAACCGUUUAUUCAUCUAUAUGGUCCUCAUGUUGAAUUUGCAUUGAUGGAAGCAUAUAGAUCAGUACAAAGUUUUUCAAGUCUUUUUCCAUUUUAGUGAGAGGAGUCCUGACAACUGUUGUGCAUCAAGUCUGCCAAUCAUACCUAGUCUUCAGCAUGUACUGUAUACAUAUUUCAUGUGAUAAACAUGUUUUUCAUUAAUUUUGUAAUAAAUGGUGAAAAACUAA